GGAGAGGAUUCGUGCGCGACCCACGGACUUUGGUGGACGUCUGUAAUCAAGUGAUUUUACGUUCUGAAAUCUUCGCAACUUUUUAGUAUUUCUGUGCUUUCGCAUUAGUAUUCACUCAUCACUGCUCAUCACGUCUUAGUAUUGCAUUAUUCGACUGAAGAAUUCUGGGCGUAUUAAACCCCGUAUAGGGGGUAGGUCCAAUAAGAAAAGAAGAAGAAAGAAGAAGACUUUGAGGAGAGCAUAAAGCAAGAAGAUUGGCUGACGCUAGAACCCUAAGGAUUGGGUUGAAGGCAUUGAAGGCACACAAGUUUUCCAACCGGGGAACAUAACCUCCAAAAAAAAAAAUUUGAGGAAAAAAGAACACGAAGGUCUACAUUGCCCCGAGUUUAUUCAAUUUUUCCGCGACAAUGGAGCGGAAGCACGGAAAGACGUCGGACGACAAGGAAAAGGACGAGGAGGAAAAGCCCGUGGUGCCAAAAACAGCUGUGGACCUGCAAAGAUUGAAGCUAAUGAAGUUGAUGAAGAACGUGGACAAACCGAUUGUACUGCCGGAACGUCCGAAGGCCAAGAACACGCCCUCCGUACCAGAAUUCGUUCGUAACGUUAUGGGCAGCAGUGCCGGAGCGGGCAGCGGAGAGUUUCACGUGUACAGACAUCUGCGACGUAAGGAGUAUGCGCGGCAGAAAUUUAUUCAGGAGAAGGCGCACAAGGAAUUCUUGGACGAUGAAUAUCAUAAGAAGUUAGAGGAGAAUAAAAAAUUCGCAGAUGAGGCAACGGCGAAGAAGCGCGCUAAAAGACAGAAGAAGAAGCAGGAACGCAAGCAGAGGAAACGUAUGAAAGGUAAGAAGGACAACACUGUCGUGGAGGAAAAGCAUAGUGAGAACGACAGCUCGGAUGAGGAUGAGGAAGAAACUGGGACUGCGAAGAGUAGUGAAGUGACUGAAGAAAAUGACAGUUGUCCUGAGAACGUGUCUACAAAUGAAGGUGAAACAAAAGCAGCAGCAGAAAAAGAAUCGUCAUUACGUGCGGAAGAAAGUCAAGAGGAUACGUCAAAGACACUAUCUGAGGUAUCAAAUGAAAAUGUUCAAUGUGAAAAUGGCACCUGACAUGUGUAUUAAUUUUGCGAUAUCUUGUUAAACUUGAAACUGAACUGAUUUAAUGUAUUUAUGUCAGUUUACUCAUCCUUGACUAGAAUUCUAUAUUGAUAUUAUACAUUAUUAUAAGAGUUUCAUACAUAUUAAUAUGCAGUUUUUUUUUUAACGAACAUUGUUAAAAUAAUUUACACAUGUGUCGUCAAGAUCUUCCUUUUUCUAUUAGUAAAAAAUUAUAAAUUGCAGUAAAUAGCUGGUAGAAAGAAA